AGUGGUGUGGGGAAGGUGGAGGGUAGAGUGGUUUCCUGAAAUCUUCCUCUGCACUGUCCACCAGCUCCUCACCCUGAUACUGGCUGUGGUCCACAGGUUCUGCCCUACAUCACCACCGUGUUCGGAGGCCUGAGUCGGGGUAGGAUGGUCUGCAUCGAGGGCACAGUGCCCAGAAGCUGCCGGAGAUACAGGACAUCCCCCAGGUUGGGGUUGUGGGACUGAGAUGGACAAACCAUCAGGUACGGAACAGGUUAACCAGUGAACGAAUUUCGAAUGCGAUGUGGCAGGGAGUUCAGGAGCCUGAUGUCCUGGGGGAAGAAACUGUUUCCCAUCCCGACCGUUCCUGUCUUUGUGCAUCGGAGUCUCCUGCCUGAUGGUAGGAAGUCAGAGAGGAUGCUGGACGGAUGGGUGGGAUCCUGGAGAAUACUCGGGGCCCUGCUCCUGGUUCCUCGUGGAUUUGCAGUGUGGCAGCAGCAUCAGCCGAUGUGCCCUUCUGCUUCACCGCCAUCUUCGGGGCUUCGUCCAGCGCCGUGUGCGCGGCCCUGUGGGAUGGACGGUGGGGACCGCGGCUGCAGAGCAGGCCCCUCGCCCUCCGAGACGGCGGCGUCUUCCACUUCAAGGAGGUGGUCGCCAACGGUAACCGGCUGCUGGAGUUCAGGUACAGGAGACCGCGGCGGAUCGCGGACACCCUGAAGGUCACAGGUCACGCCUCGGUCAGGGUCAUCGGAUUCGUCAACGAGGAUCCAUACCACCCUCUGCAAACCAGAUAACAGUUGCAAGCGCGGUUUUUGCUGAAGGAUCCAUCUCUGGGGAUAAUGCAUUGUCCGAUGGAAAAAGAAAAGUCACUCAAGUUCAUUCAAGCUGCAGCUUUUGAUUGGAGAGAAAGACGGAGGUUUAACUUGCCCAUUCCUUUUAUGAUGUCAAUCCUUCGAGAGUCGUUGGGGGCUGAUUUCCCCUUUGUUGUUAGUUAAAGCCGUUCUCCUGUGGCAAGGCCCACCAAUUUCGAGGCAAAUGGAAAAGGACGCACAUCGGCUUUCCACCGGCUUUCGCUAUUACGCUGUUACAGGAUUUCGAGCGUUUCUUCUGGUGCGUCUGAGGGGCUGUUCCCACAGACCCUCUUUUAUCCCCACUCACGGGGUCUCAGAUGUCAAUCAGGUUGGGGAGGAUGCCAUCCCCCAACCAGCCCACGUUGCUCAUUCCUUGAGGGCAUCGAUGAAUAGCACAGCUCAAUACACAAUUCCGUCUCCAAGAGACAAUAGCCGUUGUCAAUGGUUCCGCCUUUCGGAGGCCAGGACACAUUCCAAACGCUUUGUGGAUUCUGCAUGUCUUUCAUUUCCUGGGUCUCCUGAACUGACUUAAUAGUGAUCUUGCAAUUCUCAAAAAGGGGGGAGGGGAGCACAGGCGUAACACCGUAUCCCACACCGAGAGUCACUGUCCGGUUCCCAGUCUCUGAAUCCCACACCGAGAGUCACUGUCCAG